GACCAGAGGAGUGAACUGACGAUAAUGUGGUUUGAGCACCCAGUGGAGAAAUGAGCAAGCAAGAGAGGCUCCCACUGCUGCUGCUGCUGCCACUACUUUCAAUCCUGCUACUCCUUUGCCCAAAAGAUUGCUUAUCUCUGUCUGGCCCCAGGGAGGUGAGAGGCAUUGUAGGAGAAUCCCUGACUGUGCAGUGUUCCUAUGAAGAAAUCUACAAGACUCAAAAGAAAAAAUGGUGCAAAGAAAGAUGGACGUUUUUUUGUGACACAAUUAUGGAUACUCAAGAAUCAAAAGUGUCCAUCAGAGACAAUCCUGAAAAUCAAACAUUCACAUUGACCAUGAAAAACCUCACUGAAGCUGAUGCAGGACAGUACCAAUGCAGGAUUGAACAAAGUUUGCUUGAUGUUAAAUUCUCAAUUACUGUAUUUGUUUCUCCAGCACCCACAGUGGCCUCAAACAGAUAUACAACCACAUCACCAACAGAUAUACCAGUGAUAGACAUAAAUGAAAUAGGUGGAGAGAAGACUUCAAAAGAAAUUUCUGACCCUAUGCAACCCCCAAGAUCUGGGAUUCUUGACAAGCCUGGAAUACUGUCCUUGAUCCUGGGUUUCUUAAUUAUUUCAUUGGCGGGAGCUUUGUUUUUGGCUUGGAGAAUGAUGAUGAGAGAGAAGAAGGCUGGUGAGAAGUCAGUGGUGUUCCUGGACUCUAAUCAGCCAAACAAUGAACCUUGUUACUUGAAUCUGGAGCUACAGGGGAGACCCUCGAAUCAGGAUCCACCUAUCCAAAGAAAUCCAAGUGUAGAAUGUAGCACUGGGAUUGCUGCUCAAGAACAGUCUGUUACAUACUCCAUCUUAACUUUUCCCAUGGACAACCAGAACACAGCUUUGGAGACACAGGAGUACCCGGAGGACAAAAUAAUAUAUAGUACAGUAAAGAAGACAUAGGCUGCAACCCUUUGGCCUCCUGCACUGAAGCCCAGCCCUUUGGAUAAAAACAUAAAUAAACUUAUCUCUCUUUUUCCCAGGUA